UUCGUCUCGUUGCCCUCUCUUCUCCAGCUGCUGCCCGGUGGCCAGGAGAACGAGGAUUUCCUCAGCUCCAUCCUGGGCUCCGGGGACUCCAGCGCCGACUCCCCGAACUGGUCCCCAGCAGCCAGCGACAGCGGCAUCUCCGAGGACCCAAACUCGGACCAGCUCGACAGUCCCCAGCACUAUGUGCCCACAGGCAGCCCGGGGGGCUCCUCGGGGGGGGGGAGGCGCCAGGCCCAGCAGCCUGAGCCGGGGGAGUCCUGCAGGGAGCUCGGGGUGUGGAGGAGGAAAUCGCUCAGCUGGCCCAUGGCGCCGAUCCCACUGACUCCACCUCUCCCCUUGGCCUUCCCCCCAGACCUGUGGAACCCGGGGUUCUUCUCAAAGAGUCCGGACCUGCCUGCUCCUGCGCAGAUCGCAGCUUCCUGCACCCUGACAGUCAAGGACCUGCUGCUGUCCAGCAGCUGCGACAUGCAGCAGCAGCAGCUGAUGAGCCCCGUGCUGCUGAGACAGGCCCACGGGCUCUGCCAGGAGCUGGUGCUGACGGAGGACGAGAAGAAGCUGCUGGGCAAGGAAGGCGUCACGCUGCCCACCCAGCUGCCCCUCACCAAGUACGAGGAGCGGGUGCUGAAGAAGAUCCGCAGGAAGAUCCGUAACAAGCAGUCGGCUCAGGAGAGCCGGAAGAAGAAGAAGGAGUACAUCGACGGGCUGGAGAGCCGGUGAGCCGCUCUCUGGUUCCGAAUGCCCCGCACCAUGGGUCUGACCGGGGGGGUCUCUUCCCCUUCCAGGUCUCUCCUGGAGCAGCUGAGGAAAGUCCAGGCCCUCGUGGUGCAGUCGACCAGCAAAGCCGCCCAGACGGGGACCUGCAUCGCGGUGCUGCUGCUCUCCUUCGCCCUGAUCGUCUUCCCCUCCAUCAGCCCCUUCGCCUCCAGUAAAGCGGAGCCGGAAGGCGCCUUCGGACCGGUGAGAGGUAUGCACUGGCAGUGUGCAGAACACAGCGGGAGCCCAGAACCAGCCGGCUGCCCCCUGGGAGCUAAGGCGUCCUGCACAGACCCCCAGGCGAUGGGCCAUGGGGUUGGGAGACAGGACAGCUGGCUUCCAAGCCCAGCCCUGUCAUGGAUCGCUAGGUGACCUUGGCCAAGGCACUGUCCCCAGGCCCGUGCCUCGGUUUCCCCAUCUGUG